AUGAAUCCCGAAACCACGACUCGUCAAAAUGGCGACAGGAAACGAAAGCUAAAGUAUAUCCCAAGCAACGGGACUCAAUCUGGUCUCCCGCUCGGUCAGAACUCCUCUUUCCUGGCAGCUGUGACCGAAGCCAACGUGGCGCCAUCCAAAGCCUGGGGAUUAUGGGCAGGAGACCGGUCGCUAUCACCCAUCGACGGUGCUCUGACAAUUGGUGGAUACGAUCCUGGAAGAGUUGCUGGAAAUUUCGCCACGUUCCCUCUAGGAACUUGGACACUUCAGCAACCCUGUCCACUCCAGGUCACUGUCAUUAGUAUCAUGUAUAACCAACCAAAUGAAACUUUUGAAUUGCUUUCGUCCGAGAACAUGGUUGCCUGCAUCGAACCUUUUCAGGACCGCUUCACCUUCACACCGGAUGUGGUUAACAAAGUCGCAAAUGUCACCAGCUAUGAUUCCUCCUACCGUGGCCUAACCUAUCCCGUAGCCCAGGCGCCAGACGGUAAUAUGACAAUAACACUUGAGAACAACUACACAACUGUCAUUUCAAAUUCCAAAUUCGUCGCUUUAGAGAGAGGGUCAGAUCAAUUCGGACAUUUUCAGAUCACAAACUCAUCAGUCGUGGAGACAGAAAUCGUGUACAACGCCCAGAGUGACCCUUCAACCGUCCAGCCAAUCCUAGGUGGCAUAUUUCUAACAUUCAACUAUUUAGUCGUCGAUUAUGAGAGCGACCACUUUCAAUUAGCACCCGCCGUGCAAGGAAACCAGCAUACUGGCUCACAAGCAGUUAAGGCAAUUUGCACACCAACACCAACAAGCAACCCCAGUUCUAGCAGCUCCCCUCCUCUAAGUUCCUGGAACAAAUCUAGGAAGACUGGCAUUAUCGUCGGUGGGACGGUCGGGGGGGUAGCAGGGCUGGCCAUCAUGGGAGUGCUUGUGCUUCUAUUCCGUCGUCACCGUCAGCAACAGAGGGUCCAGGAAUUAACGAUAGAACCAAGCGAUAGAGGGGCUCAGCUGUCGCCUAGGCUGCUAUCAGUUACCCCUUCCGAAAAAGUGGCGCACUCAUCGCCAUCAGAGCUGCCUCUGUCUCUCGCUCCUGCCGUUCAUGAGAUGCCAGGGAAUCCACGCUCGGGCCUACAUCCUCGUGCCGUUGAUCGUCACAGUGGGACUGUGGGUGGCUCGGUCUCAUAG